UAUCAAGUGGCACACAAGUUAUAACAUUUACUGAUGUUCCGUGGAACAACUCUCUUGUCAGGAACAUGGAGUUUGGAUCAUCUAUAUAUACUUGAGAUGGGUGGAGGUAGCAGUUUCAGCUGAACUUGGAAGCACCUUCAUGUCCACCAUGCGAAGGCCGAUGAUUGCAAAAUCGACUAGACUAAUUCGGGAGGUAAAGAAUGGGCAAGCAAGACAGGGGAAGCAACAGCAUGGAGCAGUAAAUGAUGCAUCAUGGUGGAUUCCUCAUCCAAGGACAGGGAUAUACUACCCCAAGGGGCAUGAAUGGGUGAUGGAAGAUGUGCCUGAGGGUGCUUCCUCCUUCCCAAGAACCUACUGGCUUAGGAGCUCUGAAGGGGUGGAGAAAGACUCUGAUCUCUCCACCUGCCCCGACUACAAUCACCCAUUCCUUGACGUAUGAGGAGCUUAGUAUCAUAGAACUAGCAGCAGUAACAACAGCAACAGUGUUCUACUUGCGUUGAAAUAAAGACUUCAGCAGUGUGUUGUCUCACAAUUGUUAUCGAGGAAUGAAUU